UCUAUUAAUUAUUAAUAAAAAUGUGGAUGAUGGGUUACAAUGAUAGUGGUGACCUCAACAUGCCUGACUCCUUCAAUGGCCGCAAACUCAGACCUCUCAUUCCGAGACCAGUCUCUUCUACUAACAACUCUUCCACCAUCUCCCGAAUCCAUGGCGCUGAAAUCAUUGCUUUGAAUCAUCAUCAUCUUGGUUCCCCUUUUGGUGAUCAAAACAAGCUGAGGGAGUUCAAUACGCCGCCGGUGGUGGUGAGCUCAAGGUGGAACCCAACUCCUGAGCAGUUAAGAACACUGGAAGAAUUGUAUCGGCGAGGAACUCGAACGCCAUCAGCCGACCAAAUUCAACACAUUACAGCCCAGCUUCGUCGAUACGGAAAGAUUGAAGGGAAGAAUGUUUUCUAUUGGUUUCAAAAUCACAAGGCAAGAGAACGCCAAAAACGGCGACGUCAGAUGGAAUCAUCAGACCCUGAUCAUGAACACGAUAAUAAUAGUCAUCAUCAUCAUCAUCAUCAUGAUAUAGAAAUCAUUGAAAGGAAAGACGCAGGAGCAAGUAGGACGACAGCAGGAUAUGAAGCCAUUGAACAGACCAAGAACAACUGGCCACCCUCCUCUACAAACUGCAGUACACUAGCAGAGGAACCAGUUUCAAUACAAAGAGCUGCAAAAGCAGCAGCAUUGGCAGAAUGUAGAGCAGGAGGAGGAGGAUGUGGAUGGAUUCAAUUGGAAGAAGAGGAAUUACAUCAAAGAAGAAGCUUUGUAGAAAGGAAUGCCACGUGGCAGAUGAUGCAGUUGUCUUGUCCUUCUUCUUCUCCUCCCAUAAACACUUCUUCUACUAAUAAAAUCCCAGCAGCAGCAGCAAUAAGAACUUUGGACCCAACGAAACAGUUCUUUAAAACUCGGGACCUCAACAUUUUUAUUGCUCCAAGCUGCAGAGAAUAUGGCCAUGGCUUUAACCACUUAAACGCUCUUACAAAUGCAGAAGAAGAUGGCUGUGGAGGGUCACAAACACUUCAAUUGUUUCCUCUCCGAAGUGGGGACGACAGUGAAAACAAUUUAGAAAAGGGAACCAAUGUGUCGGCUGCUGAUAUUGAUGCCAACUUGACACCUUACCAGUUCUUUGAAUUUCUGCCAUUGAAGAAUUAAUUAACUGAGGCAACGGAGAGUACUUUUUAGUUGAACUAAUUACUUUAUAGCUAGGGUUAAAAUUAACUAGGAUGUAGUGGGGGUCGGACUUUGCUAUGUGUGUGUAAGACUAUGGAAUAUAUUUAGAUUAUUUUGUAAUUUUUUAUAUUGGUGAAAU